CCCAUCUUUGCUCUUUCCUUCAGCCCCCUGUUUUUUGGGACCACCAUUUUGCUCCUAUCGUUUUGGGCUCCCCUUCCUUUAUUCUCCUUUUUGGGGGGCUCCCUUUUUGCUCCUCCUUCCUUUAGACCUUUUUAGGACCCUGCCUCCUUUAGCAUCCCCCACCUUCAGGGCUUCUCCAUUUUGGGACCCCCUUCCAUUUUGGGACCCCCUUCCAUUUUGGGACCCCCUUCCAUUUUGGGACCCCCUUCCUUUGGUCUCCAGCUUUUCAGGAUCUCCUUGUUUUUUACCCCCAGCUUUUUAGGACCCUUUCCUUACUCCCCCCUGCUUUUUGGGGCUGCAUGAUCUCCCCACACCUGCCGGCAGCGCUGCAAUUCGGGGCCAGGCUCCGCUGCUCAUUGCAAUGCAUGUUGUGUCCCUGCUGACCCGAGUGGCCGUUCCCCCCCCCCUCCCCACGCACCGCGUGCUGGAGCUCCAUGCGAUCCCGAUGGAUGCGAUCGCGAGCGGCCGCCUCAAGAGGAAGUUUGAGGAUGCAGACGUGGGAUCCCCAGCGUCCAACUCGGAUGAUGAGAUCUCCAACAGCGACAGCGCCGACAGCUGCGACAGCGUCAACCCCUCCAGCUCCAGCGGGUUCAUCCCCACCUCCAUCCUGAAGAGGCAGAAGCAGCUGCGCAGGAAGAAUGUGCGCUUCGACCAGGUGACGGUGUAUUACUUUGCCCGGCGCCAGGGCUUCACCAGCGUGCCCAGCCAGGGUGGCAGCUCACUUGGCAUGGCCCCGCGGCACAACUCGGUGCGCAGCUACACGCUGUGCGAGUUUGCACAGGAGCAGGAGGUGAACCACCGUGAGAUCCUGCGUGAGCACCUCAAGGAGGAGAAGCUGCACGCCAAGAAGAUGAAGCUCACCAAAAACGGCACGGUGGAGUCGGAGGAGGCGGAAGGGCUGACGCUGGAGGACAUCUCGGACGACGACAUCGACGUGGAGAACGUGGAGGUGGACGACUACUUCUUCCUGCAGCCCCUGCCCACCAAGCAGCGGCGGGCGCUGCUCCGUGCCUCCGGCGUGCACCGCAUCGACGCCGAGGAGAAGCAGGAGCUGCGCGCCAUCCGCCUGUCGCGGGAGGAGUGCGGCUGUGACUGCCGCCUGUACUGCGACCCCGAGGCCUGCGCCUGCAGCCAGGCGGGCAUCAAGUGCCAGGUGGACCGCAUGUCCUUCCCCUGCGGCUGCUCGCGGGACGGCUGCGGGAACAUGGCCGGCCGCAUCGAGUUCAACCCCAUCCGCGUGCGGACUCACUACCUCCACACCAUCAUGAAGCUGGAGCUGGAGAACAAGCGGCAAAGCGCGCGGCCCGGCGACGAGGAGCUGCAGGGUUCGGGCAGCUCGUGGCCCCCCGGCGCGCAGCCCCCCGAAACGCAGGACUUCCAGGAGUUCAUGGCCGAAAACGAGACGGCCGUCAUGCACCUGCAGACCGCCGAGGAGUUGGAGAGGCUGAAGGCUGAGGAAGACUCCAGCGGCGGCUCCGGCGUGGAGAGCGUCGGCGUCUGCAUCCUGGAGGAGCCGCUGGCCGUGCCGGAGGCGCUGUGCCCGGGGUUGGCGGCUCCCAUCCUCAUCCAAGCGCAGCUGCCGCCGGGAUCCUCCGUGCUUUGCUUCGCCGACGGCGCCGAGCAGCCCGCAGCCGCGCAGCCCUACUUGAACGCCGCUCCGCUGCUGUAUUACCAGGUGGAGCCGCGCUCCGUGCUGAGCCCCAAGGGCGAGAACGGCGCUGAGGAGCGACCGAAGGACACCGCGACCGCCCCCACGGUGCCCUGCGGCCGAGCUGCCCCCGCCCCGAGCAAAGGGGAGGGGGCGAAGGGCGCGGGGAUGGAGGGCGCGCAGAGCUGCGCUGCUCCGCUCGGCCCUGAGGAGCCCCCCCAGGGGGUGUGAGCCCCCCCAGCCCUUAUUUAUUGAGGAUAUUCCGCGGCGCAGCGCUGCCCCGAGGCAUUGAGUGGGGAGGGGGGGAAGGGAGAGGAGCGGGGGCAGUUUGUACAGAUGGUGGCACACGGAGCGCCAAGGGGACAGACGGACAGACACACGGACACGGAGCCCACGGGCUGCAGUCCUGCUUGGGGCACCGAGAGACGGACAGACACACGGACAGCGUGGGCCGUGUCCCCGCAGAGCCGCUUGGGGCACCCUGUGCUCAUCAGUGCCCGCUUCUCCCCGCUGCCCAGCCGGGGCCCCUCCUCCUUUUUGCCUCGGACGCAGAAGAAGACUUCGGGUUGGUGGUUUUUUGGUUUUGUUUUUUUUUUAAUUAUUCUUUUUUAACGUGCUGAAUGUUUACGGGGCCGCACCGCAGCCCAGCGCCCCUCCCCACCAGGGAUCCCCACAGCCGCUCGUUGCACAGAGAGGGGUGAGAACAGACACGGACGCUCUUGGCCCCACUCCCACCCCCUUCGGUCGCCGCUUUUACCCCCUAGGACACACAUCUGUCCGUCCGUCCGUCCAUCCCAGGACUGCUGCCCUGCCCUGCGGUCCCAGCGCUGGAGUUUCGGGCUCUGCCAUCCUCCCCCUCCCCCCCAAAGCUGAGACCCCCACAGACGGGACUGGGACCAACUCGGCACAGCAGCGCUUUCACCCUCGGCUUCGUUUUGCUUCCACGCUCCGUUGCUGAAGGGCUCCGACCCACCGAGGGGCUGCGCUGGGGCAGCGGCCGCCCGGUGCCACCCAGCACCGCUUUGUCCCCACGCUUUGGUCCCCGUCAGAGCUCUAAACGUUCCCCCUUCCCCCCCCCUCUGCUCUGUGCCCCCCCGGGCGCAGUGGGUGCUCCGCCUGUCCCACGCACACCGCCGGCGGUUUUCAUUUCUAUUCCACUGUGAAUCCAAAGCUGUGUUGGGUCCUCCCUAUUAUUAUUAUUAUUAUUAUUGGUUUUUUUUUUAACGGUUUUGUUUUGUUUGUUUCUUUGUUUGUUUGUUUGUUUUUUCCCCUCAUGGUGAGAAUGCUGUAUUUAAAAAGAGAAUAUUUAAAGAGUAACAAAUAAAAGGAAGGCUCCGAGCCGCAGCGGCGAUGGGAGGCGCAGCCGGGGAGGGGAUGGGGUCACCGCCCUCAGCCACAAACACGUGGGGCCGUGCUGGAAGCCUUUAAUGAAACACAGCAGAAUGGGGUGGGGUGGGAGAUGGGGGUGGGGAUGGGAUGGGGUUGGAGACGGGUUGGG